AGGGGGUUUCCAUAACCUCGUACGCUGAUGACUGCACGAUAUUGACGUCGGGCAAUGGAAUCGAUGGCAUGUGUUCGAAAGUGAACAGCUACCUCUCCGACCUUUCUCGUUUCCUCACUGCACGGAAUCUCCAACUUUCCCCCACCAAAUCCACAGCGACUAUAUUUACAAACUGGACGAAGGAGUAUAGACUUGAGCUUGAUAUUGCAGUCGAUGGCGUCAAAAUUCCGACUGUCAAUAACCCUAAAAUUUUAGGCGUAACCCUUGAUAGUCUAUGCUCCUUCUCUCCCCAUACGACCGCGAUUAUCGCCAAAGUACAGAGCCGCAACAAGAUCCUCAAGUCGCUAGCCGGCAGCACAUGGGGAAAAGACAAAGAAACGUUGUUGGCAACUUACAAGGCAAUCGGCCGGCCGGUCCUUAACUAUGCAGCACCAAUAUGGUCGCCUAGGUGCAGAGGUACGCAGAUGAGGAAACUUCAGACCUGCCAGAAUACUGCACUCCGGACCUCGACGGGAUGCCUUUUGAUGUCUCCCAUAGAACACCUACAUAAUGAGACGCUUAUGCUCCCAGUUAAGGAGCAUAAUGAACUCCACUCCAAGCCGUGCCUGCUGGGUUGUUUUCGUAGAAAUCACCCUUGCGGUCACCUGCUUGGAGCGGAACCGCCUCCUAGGAACAUUCCUCAUACGACCGCGAUUAUCGCCAAAGUACAGAGCCGCAACAAGAUCCUCAAGUCGCUAGCCGGCAGCACAUGGCGAAAAGACAAAGAAACGUUGGCAACUUACAAGGCAAUCGGCCGGCCGGUCCUCAACUACGCAGCACCGAUAUGGUCGCCUAGGUGCAGAGGUACGCAGAUGAGGAAACUUCAGACCUGCCAGAAUACUGCACUCCGGACCUCGACGGGAUGCCUUUUGAUGUCUCCCAUCGAACACCUCCAUAGUGAGACGCGCAUGCUUCCUGUAAAGGAGCAUAAUGAACUCCUCUCCAGGCAGUUCCUGCUGGGAUGUUUCCGUAGGAAUCACCCUUGCAGCCAUCUGCUUGGAGCGGAGCCGCCUCCUAGGAGCAUCAAGAGGUCAUUCCUCGACUACGUCGACGACGUCGUACAGUACGCCGACCGAACUUCGGACGCUACAGACUUCAGACAGGUACUGACCGCCAUUCACAGUGGAGCCAUUAACACCUUCACCGACUCCCUUCCCGUGAAUGGCGUUCUUGGAGUCAAAGCACCACCUAUUGCAGAUGAAGAGCUCCAGUUGCCGCGAGAAACGCGAGUGACCCUAGCGCAACUUCGUUCUGGGUAUUGUAGCAGGUUAAACUCCUACUUAUCCAGAAUCGACCCCGACAUAUCCAAUAUAUGUCCUGCGUGCAACGAGUCUCCGCAUGACACCGGCCACCUCUUUGCAUGCCCCACAAACCCAACCCAUCUAACACCUUCCUCCCUUUGGUCCGACCCCGUCGAAACAGCGCGUUUCCUGGGCCUACCGUUAGAUGACCUCGACGACAACACAGAUAACCCUUACCAUCCUAACGGGGAUUAGCAUAUCCGUUAAAACAACAACAACAACUUUCCUCACUUGGGUGAACUUCUACACAUGACUCCAUUAUCCUCAAUCAAGAGUGAUAUAGGAAUAUGAAAAGAAUGUUACGUUCCAAAUUUUGUCGAAAUCGGUCUGUCGGGUCCCUAGAUAUGUGAUUUCACCAGAAAGUGGGCGGUACUACGCCCAUUGUCCAAUGUUCACACCAGCUCCGAUAGAGCCCCUUUAUACAGGGUGGGCCAUAUAAAAUUUUAAAUUUAAAAAGCCCAUAAAAAACGGCUUGAUAUUUUUCAAAGGUCUAACAUUUAUUUAAAAGGUUGUUUUAUGAAAUUUAUUUGUGGAAACAAUUUCGGACAAAUGACCACCACGGCUGAGUUUACAGUAGCUUAUCCGAUCCACUUAAUUUUGGAGUACUCUCUCGAUGGUUUCAGUCCUUAUGGCAGCUACAGCAGCUUGAAUCUCGUACUUUAGAUCGUGAAUUGUUUCUGGAUGGUUGGCGUAACAUUUAUCUUUAACAGCUCCCCACAGAAAAUAGUCCAACGGAGUUAAAUCGCAGCUUCUGGGAGGUCAAUUCACAUCACCUCUUUUGCUGGUUAUGCGAUUUUCGAAGAUAGGGCGUAAAAGAUUGAGUAUAGCGUUUACUGUGUGGCACGUAGCGCCGUCCUGCUGAAACCAAAUGUUGUGCAGGUCUUCCUCUUCAAUUUACUUGAAGAAAAAUUCGGUUAACAUUUCGCGAUAUCGCUCACCAUUGAUGGUUACGGUGGUUCCUUCUUUAUUUUCGAAGAAAAAUGGGCCGAUGAUUCCCCCAGACAAAAUCCGCACCAUAUAGUGAUUGGUGCUGGGUGCAUUGGCUUCUCGACGAUUACGUGCGGAUUUUCUGUGCCCCGAAUGCGACAAUUCUGCCUUUUAACGUCACCAUCGAUGGGGAAAUGAGUCUCGUCCGAAAAGAUGAUUUUUCGGUAAAAUUGACCAUCCUCGGCCAAACGAUCUUCUGCCCAAUCUGCGAAAUGUAGACGGCUCGGGUGGUCAAGUGGCUUCAGAUGUUGCACCAAUUGAACUUUAUAUGGCUUCAUAGCGAGAUCUUUUUUCAAAAUUCGUUGCAAAGUUGUUCGCGGAAUGUUUAAUUCUUGCGAUCGACGGCGAGUUGAGGUGAAUGGAUUCUCACUAACAUUUUCAGCCACAGUCGCAAUAUUUUCGGUUAAACGCGAGGGAAAUGAACGUUGACGUUUUGGUUUAUCCACCAACGAGCCAGUUUCAGGCACACGCUUGACAAAUUGUUGCACAAAUUGAACUGAUGUCACUUUUAGUCUGUCCAUUUUUUUGUUUGCCAAAUUUCUCACAGUUUGGGUUGAAGACUCACCACUUUGGAAAAAAGUUUUCAAUAUUUCCCAGUUUUCGUCUAGUGAAUAGCGACCGAUUUCGUAAAUUUUAAACUUUUUACUGAAUAUCCGUCACUUUCCGAAUGGUAUUUGACGUUUCCUAUGUCGAAAUAUAGAUAAGUCAAAUUUUUUCGACCUUUUCGAAUUUUUUAAAAAUACCUCAAAUCAAAAUUUUUGUAAAUCCAAGACAGACACGAUAGAACAUUGUAUAAAGAAAAAAUAUACCAAAUAUCAAAGGAAUCGGUUCAGUAAACGCGUUUAAAGUUUAGGAAACAAUUCUAGUGAACACGGACGCCACGUCACAAAAUCUGCUGUAUCUCCGAAAAUAUGUAGAAUUUUGAAAAAUCCUUCCAAGGUCAUGUUUUUGAAGGUCUAAACUUUCAAAAUAUGCAAAAAAAAUCGAUUUUUUUUUUCAAAAUCCUAGACCAGAAUACCCCCUUAAAUACAUACCAUGUUGUUCAGAAUCCAUAAAAAAAUAUUUUCCAAUAUAUAUUUACUUCACGCAACACCAAAAACCACUUGUAAUUUCGAGAAAAAUAGAGAGUAUCGCGAAUAAGGACUUGCGUACUGAACGAAGUCUAGGUUCCGACUACUUGUGUGGCAAUAUAGCGGACUGAAGGUCAUUCAUUUAAUCGGUUCAUUGUAUUACGGUUACUUGGGUACAAAAAAAAAUCAAACUUGAGUAGCAUCGCUGAAGUUUGUAAUUCUCACUUUUGUCCGGUAUUGAAGGAAAAUGCUCCUAUGUGCGACGUGUCCGCUUUCCAUCUGUUUGGUUCUCAAUGUUGAGUUUAUUUAUAGGGAAAGCUCUAGCCCUGGCGUUUUAAACCUACCGUCAGGUAACUUAUUAGCAAUGGCAGGAGUAGAUAUCUAUCCAACAUCGCCAGUGUUACCAGGACGAGGAGAUUGUGUAUGCAACUCUGUUUUAGCUAGACUAGAGGAUUUUUGUCAAAUUCAUAUAAGACGAAUCAUAAUUUGUAAUUGGCUAUUGUUUGCUUGUUUCUUUUAUUCUUGUGGAAGGUUCUUAAAGGAUAAAUAUUUAAAACGAUGUUUAGUAAAUUUAAGAAAUAUUGUUAUAUUUAUAUAGCUUUUAAUAAACUUUUAUUUAAGUUAAUUACCCGUUUUAAAA